GUCACGAAAGAAGCAGAGUUCCCCAAGGAAAGGAGUAGUAACCCGAAAACAUUGACACGCAGUAUGAGGGCACUGCUUUUGCUAACGGUGGCCUCGUUCGCUGUGGCGUACGUCGCAGCGGAGCGUGCGGCAACGUUGCAACUCUUCACGGAUCUUAAGCGCACCAAGAAGGUCCUUUCGUCGGGCAAUGAGGACUUUGUGUCGAUCGUGCAGUCAGAGUUGCUGCUCGCGGAGGAGGAAUAUGUUCGCUCUUCGAUUACCAGCGAGUCUGGCAUUCUCGAGCAGCUGACAACUAGUGACGCCUUAACAAGCGGUCCCCUGUGUGUGGCAUUCGUCAAGCAGAAGGCAGAGAUCAUGAUGAAUCUGGCGGGCAUUUCGUACGCGUCCUGCUUGAAGCGUGUGGACGAUGAACUGUUCCAGGAGCUUUCGGACGCCACAAAUGGGGCCAUUUCGCGGGAACAGUAUGAUCAGGCCAAUGUAUUGAAUGCUUUCCGCGGUGAGAACAUCUUCGUCGAUCCGGCAAACAUACGCAGCAAGCUUAACGAUCGAAUGCGCAACACGUACAAGCUUCCGGUUAGUUUGAGCAGUGAGGCGAUCGCUGAUAUAAGAAAGGAGCUAAGCAAAGUGAAGGACGACUUCGUUGAGUGCAUGAAGAGCGCAAGGGCAGGUCUCGAGAGUACUUUGAGCACAACAGAGCAACAGCUGAAGCUAGUGUGCGCUGACAAACGUAAUUAGGGCCGUUAAUACAGACAUCCUGGCUGAAAACAGCAUGUAUCGAAUCUAAUAUAUUUUUGCUUUGAUAUACACCAAUCGAACCUUUCACUCAACGGUAUCUCAUGGACGUUUGUAGCGAUAAUAUUUGUAACAAAAGUUGAAGUUGUAUACA